AACACACGCGCUCCGCACGCCCCGAAACCCUCCAAGGUGACGUACUACUAUGACCCCGACAUCGGCGACUUCUACUACGGUCAGGGGCACCCCAUGAAGCCCCACAGAGUACGACUGGCGCACUGUCUCGUCACGCGGUACGACCUAUGGCGGCAUCUGGACAUUGUACGGCCUCGUCCAGCACGGAAAUGUGACUUGGUGGCGUUUCACUCCCCCGACUACGUGGACUUCCUCCGAGCAGUCAGCCCAGGGAACCAGGAGGAGUUGUCCGCGGCUCUGAAGCAGUUCAGUGUGGCGGGGGACUGCCCCAUAUUCGACCGGAUGUAUCAGUACUGCCAGAUCUACGCGGGCGCCUCCAUCGGCGCCGCCAUGCAGCUCAACUACGGGCGGGCGGAUAUUGCCAUUAACUGGUCGGGGGGAAUGCACCACGCCAAGAAGGCCGAGGCAUCGGGUUUCUGUUAUAUCAAUGAUAUCGUACUUGCCGUACUGGAGCUGCUCAAGGUGCAUACUCGAGUUUUGUACGUGGAUAUUGACGUGCACCAC